AUGUCCUCAUCAAAACCAUCCAGUGUGAGAGAGGUAGAGGAUUCCUUCCCCGAUAAAAGUUUGGAGGCAACUCCCAGUCUCGAGCAAGCAUAUAUUGAAGCCGGGUUGAGCAUCGAGGACGCGGAUUUCCUUGCCAACUUCUCAGAUGAAAGGAGGAAAAGAUGUGUUCGAAAGGUUGAUUGGCGUCUUUGCUCCGUUUUGAUGGUUCUUUAUCUUUGUUCCUACAUUGACCGAGCAAAUAUUGGAAAUGCCAAAAUUGAAGGCCUACUACCGGAUUUGAAUAUGUCUGGCACCCAGUAUAACAUUGCUCUAGCAAUCUUCUUUAUCCCUUAUGUAUUGUGCGAGGUUCCUAGCAACAUUCUACUUGGAAAAUUCAAGAAGCCAUCGGUUUAUUUGGGGAUCUUGACAUUUGCCUGGGGCACCGUUAUCACGCUUACGGGGCUCGUCCAAAACUUUUCCGCCCUUUGUGCAAUGCGUUUCCUCCUAGGUGUUUUUGAAGCUGGAUUCUUCCCGGGAGCUAUCUGGCUGAUUUCUCGAUGGUAUUUACAGCAUGAAACCCAAACCAGAAUAGCACUUUUCUAUACUGCAAGCUCAUUAUCUGGUGCAUUCUCUGGGCUCCUCGCAUUUGGUCUCACCAAGAUGGAUGGCAUUGGUGGCUAUGCUGGAUGGAGAUGGAUCUUCAUUAUUGAAGGAGCGGCAUCUGUGCUCCUGGCAUUUCUCUGUUACUUCUGUCUCGUUGACUCGCCCGAGCUCUCCACCAGGUGGCUAGAACCUGAAGAGAUUCGGUAUUUGUUACUGCGGAAACAAGCCGAGAGAGGACGUGUUGUGGUCGAUGAAAAUCCGGGCAAAUUUGACUGGAAAGCCUUGUUCAGUGUUUUUAAGGAUUCACACCUAUAUCUGCAAGUUCUCAAUAUCUGGUCCAACACGGUUCCCAACUAUGGCCUGAAGUUUUCGCUUCCACAAAUUAUCACGAACAUGGGAUAUACCUCUGCGAAUGCUCAGCUGCUCUCGGUGCCGCCGUAUGUCGCUGGUGCGAUAUCCGCCUAUCUAUUUGCACUCCUUGCGGACAAAAUGAGAUGGCGUAUGCCGGUCAUUGUUACCGGUCAACUCUUGGUGAUCAUUGCAUUUGCGGUCCUCUUUUCACUAGCCGAAGAUAUCAAGAACAACAUUGCGGCUUGCUAUUUCUCAGUUGUUCUCGCUUGCAUUGGCCUAUACCCAAUCCCACCCGGAACGACGGCGUGGACAUCCAACAAUCUUGCCGGGCCAACGAAGCAAGGCAUGGGCAUCGCGUUCAUGAUGAGUCUUGGCAAUACAGGCGGCCUGGUGGGUUCCUUCAUCUACAUUGAGCGUGAAGCCCCCAUGUACCCCACCGGGUUUGGAAGCUCAUUUGCGUUUGCCGCGGCAGGCGUGGCGGCAAGUAUCAUCCUGGAAGUCAAGCUUUGGUAUACCAAUAAACGGAACGCGGAGAUGUCCAGAGAGGAGAUUUACGAGAAAUAUAGCGACGAAGAGCUACAGCGGAUGGGUGAUCGGUCGCCGCUGUUCAAGUAUACACUUUGA